AUGGAUAUAAUUAACAACCCUACUUUCGCGCCGACCAAAGAUGUGUACAAUGAGAUCGACCCGUUGCUGGACUUCAAUUGGCGAACUAUAGAGCCACUCCAGAUACGACCCUUCAAACCCAGAUACCACUUAACAAUGGCGCUCCAGAAUACUACAAUGUCAGAGCUCGUUGCAGUAGACAAGACCUAUGUCGAUCGCAUCAAUCUCCGUCGUCAACUCAUCAAAGACCGUCCUAAUGAUGUUCUGGCAGCAAACCCAAGCAUCGUGCCAGCUGUCAACGAGUUUCACGCCUGGAUGUUCGGGACAUAUCUCCCGAGCCGGUACAGUUCCAUGUUCAAACUUAUCCCAGCCUCAUAUCCAGGAACGAGCGCGCAAUUACUCAAUUGCAUCACGUCCGAGACGAUUCCCAUCAGCGCAGAAGACGCAGUCUUAUCUCUUCGCCUGCUCGGGGAACACAUCGAUACCGACUUCCUUUUCCUCCUCCCUUCCGAGUCUCCAACCGACCAGGGAAAGUACAAACUCGAAGGCUUUAUAACUUGCUUCCCCUCCGGUUUCGACACGCCCAAGAAGCUAAAUCUCAAGCUCGCUGAAAUUCAUGCGCCGGUGCCUGGGUAUGGCGCGAAGAUUGAAAAGUCUAUGGACCGCUUCUUUGCCACUCUACCCACAGGCAAGAUCGUUCUCCGCACCAAUUGGAGCAUCACGACCAAUACCAAUCUGUUCAGCCUAGGUGGCAACCAUCUGUAUGAAGGCGAAGAGGCGGUGGAAGAGAUGGUGAAUAUUGAUGAGACGGUGCUCAGAUGUGAGCGUCAGACGUUACAUCGACUGCCAAAGAGCCAGGCGCUAGUAUUUGCGUUCCGCACAUAUCAGUAUCCUAUCAGGGCGGUGAAAGAAGAGGGCAGUGGAGAGGCAUUGGCUGAUGCGAUAGACGGUUUGAGCAGUGGAAGUGUACCGGGCAUGGCGGUUUACAAGAGGGGAGUCGUAUGGGGCAGGGCUGUGAAGGCGUUCCUGAGGACUUGAAAGGAAGUCCGCGCUUCGAGGUUAACGAUGUUUGGGUUGCCUUGAUGCAUUUCUCAGCUAGUCAUAACCCCACAUCUAUAUUUGCUACAUAAGUUUGAAAUGCGUUGGAGCACUGCAGACAGUGGCAGAAAGAUUUACGAUCAGGAACUAGACACAGUGACAUCAAUAUGGAAUCGUACACA